GCGCUGACGUUGUUGUCACGUGAUGUUUUCGCUGGGUUGUAGUGAUGUGUAGCCACCAUGAGUGAAGGGGGAGAAAUAAAGAUUGAUAAUGGCAACGAGCGAUUACGGUACGUCUGCUAAGAUGCAACGUUUUGUCGUGCAUUUUGUGAUGAAGAUACACUGGGACAUUACAUCAAACAGUGGUGAGGAUUACUUAAACGAGUGAAUCUUAUCUGAAGCUAUAAUCCUGCAACCAAAAAUGGGCCGUGCAUCAGUGUAACCAAGGUAAAGUGACCUUUAAUUGCAUUGUCCCAUGGAAGAUUUGCCAGAUUUCCAAAAUAACGGCGUUAUGUUGACACUGGAGGCGCAACCGCGUCGCGUUGUCACAAAAACCGCGGCGGCCGCGACCGACGGCGAUACCUCUGCCGGAGAGGCUCCAUCCUCCUCCUCCUUUCCAAUCAAUAACAGCGGCUCCCGCUUGCCCGUACACUUGACGGCCUCCGCUCAUCAAGGUCCCCAGCCGAGGAGGCACCACGCGCCUUAUCAUUUCAGAGUCCAUCAUCUUUUCCCAGACGAGAAUACUCAGGAUCCUCUGAUGAGAAGAAACCUACCCGCACUUCAGUAUAAGGUGCAUGACUCUGCCUUCUGCCGCGUUCUUAGCGCUGAUACAACUGCUGCUGCUAUUGCCGCUGCCGCCGUUUGUUCGGGCGGCGUGGACAGAGACAUAUGGAAAUGUGGCCAUCUCAGAAAGCAAAAACAUGGCCACAAGAGGUUUUUUGUCUUGAGAGGUCCCAGCAACCUUGGGCCUAGUCGCCUGGAGUACUAUGACAGUGAGAAAAAAUUCCGAAAUGCACUCAAAGCUGCUGCCUCAACUGCCAGUGUUGCAUGCCCUCCUAAAAGGGUUAUUUACCUAUCCCAGUGUUUUACAGUCAACAAGAGGGCUGAUGCUAAGAACAAAUACCUCAUUGCUCUUUAUACUAAAGAUGAGUACUUCGCUAUGGUGGCUGACAGUGAGCAGGAGCAGGAGGAUUGGUACUUGGCCCUCACUGAACUAAUGACUGAGGGUAAAAAGGGGCAGCUGGAUACCGAUGAAUUAGACGACGGCUAUGGGACAAUUUCACCUGGAACCAUUUUCAAGGAGGUGUGGCAGGUGAAUGUGAAACCCAAGGGUUUGGGGCAGACCAAGAAUUUAAUGGGGGUGUACCGUCUGUGCCUUUCCGCCAAGACAAUUCACCUGGUGAAGCUGAAUUCGGAGACCCCUGCUGUGAACCUGCCAUUAAUGAACAUUCGCCGCUGUGGCCAUUCAGAGAGCUUCUUCUUCAUUGAAGUGGGACGCUCCUCUUCCAUUGGGCCAGGUGAGAUCUGGGUGCAAGUGGAGGACUCUGUGGUGGCACAGAACAUGCACGAGACGAUUCUGGACACCAUGAAGGCUCUGAAGGCCUUCCCAGACUUUAGGCCGCGAAGCAAAAGCCAGUCCUCUGGGACCAAUCCUAUCCCCUUCAUCACGACCCGCCGGCACUUCGGCAACCUGCCCCCCAGCCAGACCGGGCUGCAGCGCCCCUCCAGGACUGAUUCAGUGACAGACACCCCUCCCACAGGAAAGGGUAAAGGAGGGCGGGGCCAGCGCUACCGCACUUCCAGUGAGGGGGAGGGGACCUCAGACCGACCUCUCAGCUCGGGCACAGGCAGCCUGGUGCACCUGAACACCCCCUGCCUGAACGUGGGCCGGGAGGAGAGCAGUGGCUGCUGCGCCCAUGCCUCGCCUGGCUACGCCCACCACACCCGCUCCGCCUCCCUCCCCGUGUCGCAUUUCCUGUCCGCCACCAGCCCCAUCAGUGUUUCCAGCAGCAGCGGCCAUGGCUCGGCCUCAGACACGCACACUCGGCCCUCCAGCUCCUCCAUCUGCGGUUCCCCCAGCGACGGAGGCUUCAACUCCUCUGACGAGUUUUGCCCCAGCCCUUGUGACUUUAGGUAUUUCCGUGCAAGCAGCAGCACCCCCGAGUCCCACGGGAACACGCCGCCCGUCAGGGAGGAGUACCGGCUGGUGGACUACAUGGCCAUGGACUGGCACAAAGACUCACAGGGUGGACCAAGGACCUUUGAGGAGGAGAGCAGUUAUAUGGAAAGGACGUUCCUCAAGCUCGCACAUUCCUCCAAGCCAAAGCCAGGCAAUGGUUUAGGCGUUAUGCAGCAGAAAGCGACGCAGACCUCAUCUUCAUUAGAUGAAUCCAGCCCCGUGGAGUCGAAACGGUACCCACUCUGCUCUUGCCUCCUUAAAGCAGGCUAUAAGUCUUACUCGGAGUUACAUCACCCAACCAGGCCUCCCUCGCUCAACUCUGACGGUCAAAAGAAACUGCCUAAGGAUGAAGGCUACAUGCCCAUGAUGUACAGCAUGCUCCCCACUCCUAAUGCAGACUACACCCCUAUGCAACCCAGAGCAAAUCACCCGGCUACCCUGGACAUUCAUCCCUGCGCUUCGCAACAGGUGGACACGCUUGGGUACAUGGUGAUGCUGCCCGGCGACAGCCCCUCACCGGGACUAAGCAGUCCCUCCGGCAUCAACCAGCCGGAGUACGACGACUACAUGGACAUGUCCCGGACAGCCGCCACAGACGUCUAUUCCCAGGCCUCCCCCGAAGGCCGCAGGUCUCGCGGUUCUUACUUCUCGCUGCCUCGUUCCUACAAAGCUCCAUCUCGUGAGAACUGCGAGCAGAGGGAAUACAUCGCCACGUCCCCAGCUGAUCCUCCCAGCCCGCCCAGCCUGGGGGAGUACAUCCACAUGGAUUUUGGGGAGCGGCAUCCUCUCGCCGCAUCAUCGCCAUCAGCUGCGGACACACCCCUCGUGACGAACGCCCAGCCCUGCUAUCAGCUGUGCUGCUCCUCGCCAGAACACGCCUACUUGGGUCUGAACAUGGACAGUCUCCUGAAGGACCGCCCACCACGGCACUCGCUCGUGGCUCCAUGGAACCCUCCGAACUACGCGCGCCCCUUGGCGUGUGCCUAUGGUCAGGCUCAGACCGAGUUCGACCCUGAGAAAAUCCGCGGUGGAUGCCGAGGAGCCGAGAGCCCCUUGCCGAUGAUGCAGCACCUCUGCAUCUCCGAAAGGCCGCCCAGUCCUCAGAUGGAGCCAAGGGUGGUCCGGGCGGACCCGCAGGGCCGCCGGAGACACAGCUCAGAGACCUUCGGCUCCUCACCUGGCAGCAGUGCCAAUGUCUGCGGUGUCAGAGCCUCCGCCAACCUCGGUCUUGCGGAGAGCGGAAGGUGGCAGAACUCUGCCUCUUUUGACAGUGUGUGGUCACACACAGACGAUCAAGGAUCUCCCGACCCUGUCGUCCUCCCUGCUAACUGUGUCACUGGAGGGAACCACCGAAACGCUUCAUCCAGCUACCUCAACUACAUUGCUCUGGACCUGAGGGAUGUCCCCAGGAACACCCGCAACGCCCCCCCUCCGCACCCAGCUCGUGGGACCCUCCAAGAGAGCGAGGCCUACGCUGGUAUAGAUUUCUCCAUGUCAGGAGGACACACUACUGCCUCAAAAGAGUGAGCUAAUCAAGCGCAGAGUGGGUAUCAGGACAUGGGAACUCUGGAAUGCAGAAGAGGAAGCUGCCUCAUCCUCCUCAUCCUCCUCCUCCUCCUCAUCAGACCUCUGUCUGCAAAGACUGCAAAACUGCACAACCUCUUUUGCUCUGUAUCUUCUACAUAACUGCCUCAAACCGGUUCCAUGUUUUGUUUAGUUGGUUUUUUUUCUGUUAAAAAAACAAUUUAUUUAUUUUGUUUGAUGACAGUUAUUGUUUACUUGAGUGGCUGCGCUGAGUAUUAUUCUAAGUCAGAACUGUGAACGCCAACCAGACGUAUAGCACUUAUUAGUGUCCCUUUAUGGCACUAUUCAUCACUAAAGUCCUUAUUUACAGUCCAUCAGUUUGUUCCUCACAAAAUCUGCAAGAAUUUUGUAAAUAGGAGGAGCCUGUAUAUCAAAUAACAUUUUGUAAAAUGUGCCAACUACUUAGUAGUCCAUUCACACAUACACACACACACACACACACACACACACACUCAUAUAUACUGUAUAUCUCUUGUUUAUUUAUAUUGAUUUCUAUUUGUAUGAAUGGUGCAUUUUUUUCAGGGAGCAUUUAGUUGCUUGCAGAUCCUGCACAUUGUAAAGAGGUUUAAGCUGACCACACAGACCACCUCUGUAAACACUUAUGGUCAUUUUUACUGUACAGCUUCAGACUAUGGACAGCGGGGGGGUUUGGUUACCGCUGAGGGUCUGGCUGCACCAGCCCCGUGUCCCCUGACGCUGUGCUCAAGCCGAGCUCUCAUUCCCACAAAGCCGUGCGAGGACACCAAGCAAGUCGUUCAAAAUUCUCAUAUCAGUAUCUGAUAGGAAAAAAGAACCACGCCUGUAAUUAAAUGUUUCACCUGCCUUAGAAGCUUACGUGCAUCUGCUGUGGCAGUAAACGAGCUUGAGCCUAGAUUGGAAGCGCUGACCUGAUCUUUGUAGUGGAUUAUAGGUUGAAUUGUCUAUAUGGAGACGGCACGGACGUGUGGCACGCUCUCGUGUCCAAGUCCUGAGGGGAGUGAGUAAGUAACUCCCAUCUUGUCUCUGCUCCCAGAGUGUCCGUGAGUUGCAAGUUUUGCAAUGAUGAGCGACAUGUAUGACAUGGAAUAUCUCACUUAACGCCACGCUAAACAGUUUCUUAAGAUGCAGCUAGCACUUUGUAGGCACUAGAUAACCCAGUGUUUCUAAUUCACGUGGAUGCUACCUCCUGUGCAUAUGAUUGAAAGUAUAUCUGAUAUGACGCAGUUAGUUUGUCUUCGUUGAAGACCUAAGGGUGAAAAAAUCAGCUUAGUAUUGCUGUAACUGUAGAUAUGUCUUGAAGUCACAAAGUGGAGCAUUUGGUUAUAAUGUAGGAGGUUGUAGUAAAUAAGGGGAACCUCUGUUGAUACCUGUCAGCGCUGGCAGAAAAGGGGCGGGUCAAAGGGCAUCGGGGUUGUCUGCCAGCAUCCGCUGUGCUUAUAAAAACCCAUUGUAGCCUGGGAAAAACGAGACCACAAGUAUUUUGCCACUCUAACCCGAGACCCGCCUGGUAGGCACGUGGUUGCCUUUCCUUUUUGGCACCUCGCUCGUCGUGCCCAUGCUCCCAAGUCGUGAAAGCAGAAGAUACACAAAACAUCUUGCCAUUCCAUAGCAGCAGAAAACACCAGGGUGCUUUGUGUUUACUUGAGCUGCAGCUGUGUAGCUUACUGUUGACACUGAUUUUUUUUUUAAAUUUAUUUAUUUUUAAUUGAAUCGGCGGGAGGUAGUUGGAAGUGUUAAACAAAAAUAGUUGACUGGACAAAAAGUGAUGUUUACUGAACUAUGAGGUUUCGUUCUUGCAUAUUUCGUGUUUCGUAUCUCAAAACCGAUGCACCAUGUUACACAGCUGGAUUCUGCGCGGGUACUGUACAUCAACUGUUCACGCUCUCAUCCAUCCAAUGCACGGUACAUGCUGUAACCUACUGAUCUACACAAUGCUCUGUUUUGUAUGUUGGUUAUUAAUUUAUUUAACAUGUUUAUUUAUUGAAUCAAAUGCAGUGAUUUUCAUUGUUUGUGGGACAGAUUGUACAGAGCAUUGCUGGUGAUUGCAAUUAUAUUAAUAUAUAGCUCACAGAGAGGGAAAAAAUUGUGUAAAUAUGACGUUACUAAGAUCAUGUGUUUUUCACAUCUGUCUUUUUUAUUUUUAUUUUUAACUUUUUUUAAUCCUUAUUUUUAUGAAGAGUUUUAACCGUCCCUUUCUUGCCUGUACCUGAAAGCUUUAUAUGAAGAGAUGUUGGGUAGAGGUCGUGGUUGAAAGCUGUGUAGUAAGCAGUGUUAGCUUUACAGUAGUAGUCCAGAUGAUGUUGGGACAAAGCUGUAUGUCAGUGACUUCUCCAUCCGUUUCCACGGCAGCUCCCUCGCGGCUGUUCACUUUCUUUCACUAGCUUUUGUGUCAUACUAUCGUGUCAUGAUAUUGCGUUGCUUUAAUGUAUGUAAUAUGUGAAAAAGGGGGAAAACUGUAGUAUGCCGUUUCUUGGGACUUUUUUUUCCACAAUAACCACAGUGACGACCUGAAAUUAAUCAAGCUUGUGUUUUGUACCUUGGGCUCUCUUGUGGAGCUAGAGUUCGGGAUGCUCGUAUUGUUUGGAACUGUGCCAAGUUUAUUUGCCUUUUUUUCGAUUACUGAAAGGAAGAGGGGGCGAUAACGCAGAGGAAAUCUGAUUUGGGCGGAGUGUGUGUUGACGAUUUGCCGUUUGUUGCUCCUGAGGAUCCCAGUCAAUGCUCACGUCUGCUGCUUAAAAGUUUGUGAUUGAGCUGAACCAUGCUGAUAGUGCUGACUGAAUCGGAUCAUUCGAAACACCGUCUUCCUUUGUAAAUAUUGUAAUUUUUGAUAUCCCUUUCUCGUUGAUCAUGCUACACAGCACCCACUUUCCUUGAUUUAAGAACGAGGGUGUCUGAGGAUUUUAAUUCGUUUUAUUUAUGUAUUUUUUGUCAGUUCUACAUUUUUAUAUAUUAUUUUUGGUGUAUAUUUAUCAAAUGGGUUUUGCUUGUCAUAGAGCUAUUGCAAUAAAAAAAGUGCCAAGGUAUUCUUGACUGUGA